AUGGAGGGCUUUGUAGGUCAUGAGGAGGAUCUUGUACUGGAUUCUCUGGGGGAUGGGGAGCCAGGGGAGCUUGUAGAGGACGGGGGUGAUGUGGUCACUGGUCCGGGAGGGGGUGAGAAGACGGGCAGCGGAGUUCUGGAUGUGUUGGAGUAUAUUGAUGAUUUUUGCGGUCACAGUGCCGGUCCCAAAGGAGACAACAUCUACGAGUGGAGGUCGACCAUCCUGGGCCCUCCAGGCUCCGUGUACGAGGGAGGAGUGUUCUUCCUGGACAUCGCCUUCACACCAGACUAUCCCUUCAAACCUCCCAAGGUGACUUUCCGUACGAGGAUCUAUCACUGCAACAUCAACAGUCAGGGCGUCAUCUGCCUGGACAUCCUGAAGGACAACUGGAGUCCUGCCCUCACCAUCUCCAAGGUCCUGCUGUCCAUCUGCUCCCUGCUCACUGACUGCAACCCUGCCGACCCGCUGGUAGGAAGCAUCGCCACACAGUACCUGACCAACAGAGCGGAGCACGACAGGAUAGCCAAACAGUGGACCAAACGCUACGCCACAUAGACAGGACCCCACACACACACACACACACACACCUGCCCUCCUCCCAAAUCUAUGGAAGCACACCCGCUCCUGUCAUCCCCCCCCCAGAGAAAUGAACUGUUAUUUGUUCCAUGCUGACUUGAAAAGCUUCUUUUUUAUACAAAGAGUUUAUUGGGAUUGUAUUUUCCAAUACACUGAAUGUUGAUAUGGUCAUGAAAAGCUUUAAUACUGUUAUUGUUCUCGUCGUCGUCGUUCUUAUUGUUAUUGCAUUGUUUAUAACAUUGUCGCCACCCUCGUCAUCUUCUUCUCUAAAUGCGUGUGCUCUUCCUGUUCCACGUGACGGUUUCAUGAUCGUACCGAGCGAGUGCUUUUACUUUGUCUUUCUGUCGGUGCUUCUACAGCUCAUGGUCAAUAUUAGUGCAUGGCAUCAGGAUGUGUGUUCAUGCAGCGGACAUGUCGUCAUGUGGUGUAUUAUUUCUGUCCCAUCACCGUAUGAUAGUGCUAGUGCUGUACAUUUAAUGCCUGGUGAGGAUACUCGAUUAAACACUGGCUGUAAUGUGA